CGUCGCGACGCGCGGCGUCCGAUUUAGUUUCUACUCGACAUCAUCGAAGUUUCAAAGUCACACGCAAUCCGGAAAAGUCAUCGUCGCCGAGGAAACAACGCAACAACAGAAUGCCGAGCCGUAAUAAGGAACAGGAAGCCGAGAUUCUCGCCUGGAUCGAAGCUGUAUUAGGCGAGAAGCUCCCAUCAGGAAACUACGAUGACAUUUUAAAAGAUGGUGUAAUCCUUUGUAAUUUAAUCAACAAACUUGCGCCUGGAUCGGUCAAAAAGAUUCAAAGCAAGGGCACCAAUUUCCAGCUUAUGGAAAAUAUUCAAAGAUUCCAAGCGGCGAUCAAAAACUACGGUGUCCCACAAGAAGAAAUUUUUCAAACAGCUGAUCUCUUCGAGAAACGCAACAUCCCUCAAGUCACCCUUUGCUUAUAUGCUUUAGGCAGACUUACGCAGAAACAUGAUUGGACCGGGCCAAGUUUAGGACCGAAAAUGGCGGAAGAGAACAAGAGAACCUUUACUGAUGAUCAACUUCGUGCUAGCGAGGGUCACCUGGGUCUUCAGAUGGGAUACAAUAAGGGUGCCAGCCAGGCUGGUCACGGUGGCUUUGGAAAUACUCGACAUAUGUAAAUUUUUUUUAUAGAAAUGAAUUAACACACAUCUGUAUCAUAUACGUCUACAAUGACUGGUUAGACUACCGAACACAGGAAGUAUGAUAUAAUAAAAAUAUUGAAAUAAGUCGCAUUUUUUAACCGCGCGUAUUAAAUAUGUGUGUGAAAUAAUAAGGAUAUUACGAUUUAAAGUAUAUUUGUCAAAUUUAUGAAGUCCGUAAAAAAUUGCAAAUAACUGAUCUGUUUUUUUAUCGGUUAUUAUUGACAUAAAUGAGAUCGAAUAAUUUGUGUUGACACUACUUUCUUUACAAGAAUAAUCAUUUCUUUCAUACUGUCGCGAAUGUAUACGCAUUCUCUACAGUAUUUAUUAUUAACUUGACUUAUAUUAUCCUUUAAUCAAUCUUUAGAUAUCGAUGUUUAGUUAAUUUAUUCAUUAUUUUAUUCUUUUUUCUAUAUCAAAUAUUAAUUAUGUAUAGCAAUAUUCAUUUUCUAUCUAGUCAUGGAAGAAUAUAUUUUUUAUACGAAUUCGUAACAGUAUGUAAUUUACAUGUAAAUGUAAGUCCGAAACUC